CCUGCGAGCUGGACUGAUCGUCAGUGGUGGCACUUCUAAACAACUGGACCCGUUUGCAUCAAUCCUUUUCCUCCAAUCCAAUUCUCCACCACGCUUCGUCCCCCUUAGUUCAUCCCUCAGUCCAUCAUGCGCCUCCUCGACGUCCUUCUUGGGCUCCUCCUCCUCUCCCUGCACACGCCGUCGUGCUCUGCCGCCACGGACACGGUGUCACCUGGCAAUGGGCUCGCCGGCAGCGACAGGCUCGUCUCCAACAACAGCAAGUUCGCGCUUGGCUUCUUCAAGAUGGACAGUAAGUCCUCCGACACCAAUCCCAACUCUUACCUCGGCAUAUGGUUCAACAAGGUCCGCAAGCUAACUCCGCUUUGGACCGCCAAUGGCGAUAGCCCGGUCAUCGACCCCAUUUCACCUGAGCUUGCAAUUUCCAGUGACGGGAACUUGGUCAUCCUAGAUCAGGCCACCAAAUCCGUCAUAUGGUCUACCCAUGCCAACAUCACAACCAACGGCACCGUCGCUGUGCUUCUGAACAAUGGCAACCUCGUCCUGCAGAGCUCCUCAAACUCAUCCAACAUCUUCUGGCAGAGCUUUGACUACCCAACGGACACCCUUUUCGCCGGUGCCAAGAUUGGCUGGAACAAGAUCACUGGUCUGAACCGCCGCCUUGUUUCCAGAAAGAAUUUGAUUGAUCAGGCUCCUGGUUUGUUCUCUCUGGAGCUAGAACCCAAUGGGGUUGGUCAUCUCCUGUGGAACUCAACCAUAGAGUACUGGUCCACCGGGGAUUGGAACGGCCGAUACUUCGGCUUAGCGCCGGAGAUGAUAGGCGCCGUCAUGCCAACUUUCAAAUUUGUCAACAAUGAGCAAGAGGUUUACUUUACAUAUGCAUUGCGGAAUGAGGCGGCCAUCGUGCACACUGGAAUAGAUGUCUUUGGCCGAGGCCUGGUGGGUGUAUGGAUGGACAGCCUCCAGGACUGGUUGAUAAAUUACAGGCAGCCUGUGGUUCAAUGCGAUGUCUAUGCAACCUGUGGACCUUUCACAAUCUGCGAAGACGAUGCGGAUCCAAUCUGCGACUGCAUGAAGGGUUUCUCUAAAAGAUCACCCAAGGACUGGGAGCUGGGGGACCGAAGAGAUGGGUGCAUGAGGAAUACUCCAUUAGGCUGUGGCAGUGACAGAAACAAGGCAGGUCUCACAGAUAAGUUCUACUCCUUGCAAAGCGUCAGGUUGCCCCACGACGCCAAGAAAGUGCAGGCUGCUACAAGUGGAGAUGAAUGCUCACAGGUUUGCUUGGGCAACUGCUCUUGCACUGCAUAUUCCUACGGGGAAGGAGGCUGCUCUGUUUGGAAUGGCGAGUUGAACAAUGUAAAACAACAAUCUGAUGCUUCUUCUGAUGGAAAUGGGGAGAUACUUUACAUCCGCCUUGCUGCAAAAGAGGUCGAUGCAAAAGAGGUGCCAAGUGUGGGAAGGAAGAAGAGUGGAAUUACCAUUGGUGUUGCCGUUGGUGCAAGCACUGCUGCUUUGGGUCUGAUGAUCCUUGGUCUGAUGAUUUGGAGGAGAAAAGGGAAGUGCUUUACUCGCACACUGGAAAAUGCUCAGGGUGGCAUUGGGAUAAUUGCAUUUCGAUAUGUUGAUUUGCAACGUGCAACUAAAAACUUCUCAGAAAAGUUAGGGGGAGGCAGUUUUGGUUCUGUAUUCAAGGGGUACCUAAGUGACUCGGUAACCUUGGCAGUGAAAAGGCUUGACGGAGCCCAUCAAGGAGAGAAGCAAUUCAGAGCCGAAGUGAAUUCAGUUGGAAUCAUCCAGCACAUCAAUUUAGUCAAACUGAUUGGAUUUUGUUGUGAAGGCGAUAGGAGGUUACUUGUGUAUGAAUACAUGCCAAAUCACUCCCUUGAUGUGCAUUUAUUUAAGUCUAAUGAUACAGUAUUGGUUUGGAAUCUCAGGUACCAAAUAGCUAUUGGAGUUGCCAGAGGCCUAGCCUACUUGCACACUGGUUGUCGGGAUUGCAUUAUACAUUGUGAUAUCAAGCCAGAGAACAUACUUCUCGAUGCGUCUUUUGUACCUAAAAUUGCGGAUUUUGGAAUGGCAAAGGUUUUGGGGAGAGAAUUUAGCCAUGCAAUGACUACAAUGAGAGGAACUAUUGGAUAUCUUGCGCCUGAAUGGAUUAGCGGGACAGUUGUUACAUCUAAAGUCGAUGUUUACAGCUACGGGAUGGUUUUAUUUGAAAUCAUAUCAGGAAAGAGGAACUCAAGUCCAGACUACUUUAGGGAUGGUGAAUAUUCAGCCUUCUUUCCUGUGCAAGUUGCACGCAAGCUUCUCAAUGGAGAGAUUGGAAGCUUGGUGGAUGCAAAUUUGCAUGGUGAUGUGAAUCUCGAGGAGGUUGAAAGAGUUUGCAAAGUUGCAUGUUGGUGCAUUCAAGAUAGUGAGUUUGAUCGACCAACCAUGGCCCAGGUGGUACAGUUUCUUGAGGGUCUUUUUGAGGUCCACAUGCCUCCAGUGCCAAGACUACUCAAUGCUAUCACAGGAGGGUCACCAAUAUGACUGUGACCUUCAGUUUUACCUCAAACUUGCAUAUACUUACGAAAACUUUUAUCAAUCCAUGAGAAUAUUGUAGUUUAUAUCCUAUACAAAACUUGGCAUUUGUAACAUGCUAGAUUUCUAUGUAACCGAGAGGAGAUAUUGUCUUACAAAACAAAUAUGGUGCUUGUAACAUUUGAAGAUUCAUAUUAAUGUACCCAAGGAGGAGGAAAUCUUUCCUUGCAAAUAAACUCAACUCGGUGA